UAGAAGAAGAAAAAGCAGCUCGGCUGACAUUUGGUGGUGAAGGCCUCGGAUCAGACAGACUCAAAACCGUGAAUAAAGUUCGGUUACAUCUUUGUCGGUGUCGCUGUCAUCCAGAAACCUGACUUCUCUGUCAGGCUGCUGUUGCCCCAAAACUAAACACAGCUUAGUUGCAUUGGUUGUAGUGCCUGUUGUUUAGCAGUCGGUAUGGCGGUAGUCAUCAGGCUGCAGGGUCUGCCUAUUGUGGCUGGCACCAUGGAUAUCAGACACUUCUUCUCUGGCCUCACCAUCCCUGACGGGGGAGUGCAUAUUGUGGGGGGUGAGCACGGUGAGGCCUUCAUUGUGUUUGCCACUGAUGAAGAUGCCCGUCUGGGGAUGAUGCGUACAGGUGGGUCCAUUAAGGGCUCCAAAGUGUCCUUGUUGCUUAGCAGUAAGACUGAAAUGCAGAACAUGAUUGAGCUGAGCCGCCGCAGGUUUGAAGCUGGUGCAGUUUCUGUAGAUGUUGUUGUGCCUACAGCGGGAAAUGCCAGUCGUCAAGCUGCCUCUGUACCCAUGCCCUCUGUGGGCCAACCAGGUUCAACGGGGAGAAGUGGUAGCAUUGGCAACCAGGGUUUUAGUAACACACAGGCCUCAGUGACAGCCAGCUCCUCUCAAGAGCCACAGGCCAACAAGACGGUUGCCAACCUGACCAGUGUGGUACCCAGCUUCACCAAUAGUUUCAGUUCUGCCCCCAUAAUCACCACAGCUCUUGCAUCUCUAAAUGCUGGUCCUCCAGCAAUUCCUCCACUUCCCAAUAUCACCUCUAUGCCCCCAAUUGCCACGUUGCCCACAAUUCCUGUUCCUCCUCCAUUGUCCUCUCUCCCACCUGUACCUACUGUUUCCCCACUACCCCAAGGACCUCCAGUACUUCCUAUGUCUCAUCUUCCCCAUAUGUCAUCCCUGCCUCCUUUCAACCCUUCCCUGCCACCCCCUGCAGGGCUGGGCUCUGGUCUUCCUUUAGGAACUCCCAACCCCAUGUUGUUUAAUCCUCUGGCCUCUCUUGGCAUUCAAGCCCAUAUGAAAGCUGCUGCAGCUGUCGCUACUGGAGGAGUAGCAGCUAAUCCAGAUGAACUAUUUGUACUCUUGCAAAAUCUCCCAUUCUCCUGCUCAGAGGUUGAAGUUAGAGAGUUUUUUCGGGGACUGGGGGUGGAAGGGGUUCGUCUAAUCAGAGAUGGACAGGGUCGUCCAACAGGCAGGGCUGUGGUUAAAUUCUUCUCACCUCAUGACAGCUUUGAAGCUGUAAAACGGGGCGGGGGAAUGAUGGGCCAAAGGUUCAUUGAGAUUACUCCAGCCACUGAGCGGCAAUGGACCAGCUUUACUGAUGGUAUGCCAGGCCAGGUCCCUCACAAUAGCAGCAAACCAAUUAAUGUCAACCAAUCACAUGACCAUCAGCAUCGUCGCGAUCAUGUUGGGCCAGGAGGCAGGGAUCAGCGUGGACGGUCACGAUCUCCACACCGGCAUGAAUUCUGUAUUUACCUGAAAGGCCUUCCUUACGAAGCUGACAAGAAACAGCUGAAAGAGUUUUUUAAGAAUUUGUCCAUUGUGGAAGACAGUGUCUACAUUGCAUACGGGCCCACUGGGCGAGCCACUGGAGAGGGUUUCCUUGAAUUCAAGACAGAACAGGACUACAAGACUGCUCUAGGAGCACACAUGCAAUACAUGGGCAACCGCUUCAUUCAGGUGCAUCCAGUCAGCCGGAAAGGAAUGCUGGAGAAGAUUGACAUGAUUCGAAAACGUGAAACGGAUCACAGUGAUGGCAAGAACCACGAUCCUAUGAAAGCUCCUAGGAAUUGUGCACACAUCAGCAACAUCCCUUACAAUAUCUCUAAGAAAGAUGUCCGUGCCUUCUUGGAGGGGAUUGGAAUUUAUGAGGAUAGUCUCAAGGUCCUGACAGAUAGCCAAGGCAAUGGUUUAGGACAAGCAAUCUUCCAACUACGGUCAGAGGAAGAUGCCCAUAAGGCUGAGAGGCUCCACCGCCAGAAACUCAAUGGUCGCGAUGCAUUCAUCCACCUGGUGACUUUUGAGCAGAUGAAGGAGAUUGAGAGGAAUCCUCCCCCUCAGACCAAGAGGGGACAGCGCAAUCAGAACCAGCAAAACCAAACCCAAACAUUAAACCAACAUCAACCAGCUCAGCCCAGUCCGCAACAGCCUCAAAUCAACCCAUUUGCUGGGAUAGGUGGGGAGGAGUUCAACUUUUUUAGGAGUCCAAUGGGAAAUCUCAGCACUCCUCCAUUUGUUUCCACAUUCUCAGCCCCAGGGAAUGGGUUGGCAGGCCCUCCUCCUCUAACACCUCUGGGACCUGGGCUGGGUGAAGUCAAUUUGAAUGUAGCGCCUCCACUUGUUGCUGGUCUUCCUGGUGCUCCCCUCUUGGAGCCUCCGGGUUUUCGACCUGGAGCUGCAGGAGGAGGUCCGUUUGGUCAGGAAGGGUUGAGAGGCUUGGCACCCUUUGAUAAUACUACCAGGAAAGGAAGUGGAGGAGGAGGAGGAGGAGGCCAGAACCGAGGAGGAGGCCCUAAUACCAGUCAAGUACCAGUGCACCCAGGGAGUGGAGCUGCAAGUGGACAGCCAGUGUUCCAACCUGGUCCUGACAGCAUACGGAACCAACCAGCCCCAAGUGGUCCAAACAACCCCAACGGGCAACAUGGUGCGGCUGGGCCAACAGUGGUGAAACUCCAGAACAUGCCAUUCACCGUGACGGUGGAUGAGAUCAUGGACUUCUUCUAUGGCUACCAGGUUCUGCCCGGCUCCGUCUGCCUACAGUUCAGUGAGAAAGGCCUUCCAACGGGUGAGGCCAUGGUGGCCUUCCAGAAUCAUGAGGAGGCUACUGCUGCUGUCAUGGACCUGAAUGACCGACCCAUUGGAGCACGCAAGGUCAAGAUUAGCCUGGGUUAGGAUUAUCCUGGCCAAAACGGACUAAAUAAAAAUGUCAUCUGACGCCCCAUUUCAAAUACACGACUGUAAGCAAGUGGGAUUUGAACCUAUAGUCGGCUGGUUUUGUAACACCCUGGUCACCCUUUCUUUUAUCAUAGCCCCGCCCUGCCUGUAUAAAAUUGAUGGUGAACUCCGCCCCCUGCUUUCUGACUAAACCUGUACUUUAAUUCAAACAGCUUUUACUCAGCCAUAACAGCGGUUCUGAUUGUGAUCAUGUUACACCUUUGUGGUGGCUGAUGGGUGUUUCUCUGUCAAGAGGAGUGAUGUUCUGUUGCCAUGGGAACUCGGUAUUACAGUGCAGCUGACGUACGUGUCUGGUUGCACCUAAAUGUGCUGUGGUGCUGUGGCGAUGUAUAAAAUGCUCUGUUGCUAUGGUGAAAGCUGUUUUGAUGCUAUGACUGUACCUGCUGUGUCUCUGGUCAAACAUACUGUCGAUGAAGAGCUUGUUUUUCUACUGUGUUGCCAUGGUGAUAUUAUUGCUGUUAUAAUGUGAAUAUGAAAAGUCCUCUUCAAAAUGCCUGUGAUCUGCCGCUAAAGUAACAUGAUGACAGGGUCUGUUGCUAAGGUACAACUGUUGAAAUGCUCUGUUGCUAUGGUGAUAUAACAUCCGGCGGCGUUGCUUUGUUUAUAUUUUGACAUGUUCUUUGUUGUAAGAUGUCGACACGUUUGCAAAAACAUAAAUGCAUAAUUUCAAAACCUGAUGCCCUGCUGUGUUGCCACGGUAACCUGUUAGCACCGGUGUCCUAUUGCUAAGGAGUGAAUGGGGAUUGCUCAUUUGUCUUUUAUUUUGUAAAUAUCCGAGGCUGUUGCUUUCUUUCCUGUGCUCCCCCAGUUUGCCGUUUUUAAUUUGCCUCUCGUCCUUUCUCCUGUUGUUUCCUGUUUCUUCAUCUGUAUGAUGGUUGAGCUCACCGUGAUGUUUGCUUGGACCAAUAAAACAUUGUUUCUGAGAUCA